GGGAGAAAGUUUCUGAUCUCGACGAUCAACCCGGCAGCGUUUUUUUUUCAAGCAUUUUCCAACACUAGCAAUGAACGGCCACAGCGAACGGUCUCCACGGGCCCGGUCUGUUUCGCGCUCUCGCUCCCGCAGUCCUCGCGGUGAGAAAAAGCGAAGUGGUGGACGUGACCGCAGCAGGAGCCGCAGCCCUUCACGGGACAGGUACACAAAGCGGAGAUCCCACCGUUCUAGGUCGAGGUCAAGAAGUCGCUCCCGAUCUCCUUACGGCCGACGUGCACCUCCCCGUCCUCCCAGGGGACCUCGUGAAGACAGGGAACAUCCUACGCCAAGCAAAGUUCUUGGUGUGUUUGGGUUGAGUUUGCAUACACAAGAAGAAGACCUUGAAAGGCUCUUCAGCACUUAUGGCCGUAUCGAGAGCUGCACAAUUAUCUACGACCAUUGGACCCGGAAGUCUCGUGGCUUUGGAUUCAUUACCUUUGCGGACGUCGAAGGGGCUACUGCAGCCAGGCAGGAACUCAACGGAACGUUCCUGCAUGACCGGCCUAUGCGAGUCGAUUUCUCUUUGACUCAGCGGCCCCACAGCCCUACACCCGGCCGUUACAUGGGUAGGGAUCUCGACAGGGGAGGCUCACGCUCUCGAGGUGGCUACCGUCGCGAUUAUGACGAUCGCGACCGCGACUACCGUCGCCGUAGGGAACCAUCUUACUCGCCUCGUCGACGUCGGUCUCCGUCGCCUUAUCGCAGGAGGCGAAGCGCUAGCGUGGAUUCCCGUUGAUUUAGUGCAUUUGUCUGUGUCUUGAGUUUGAGUUUACAAGCUGUUGUUGCGCAGUGCGAUGUUAUUCCUGUGUAGCUGUACUUUUGCCUUCUCUCUUUAACAGAGUGACUCUAGCAGUUGCAUAAUUAUAUUUCUAUCGAUGAUGAUGGUAACUACAAGACUAUCUAAACAAAAAGCCC